AUGGUCGUAAAGUCUGAUAGUGCAGCUGAGGAAGCAGGGCUUCAGGUUGGGGAUAUUCUGAUAGCAGUAAAUGGAACUGAUGUCACCAGCAUGCCACAUUCAGAAGCUGCAAAUCUGGCAAGGAAAGGUCCUGAUAUCCUGACGAUGAUAGUGGGAUCAGACAUCAGCCGUUACCCCAACACCCCCAAACCUACCUGCCGAGGAUAUCUGCACAAACGAACACAAUCAGGAAUACUGAAGGGCUGGAGAAAGAGGUGGUUUGUGCUGAAACACAGUGGUUACCUACACUAUUACAAACACAAGAAGGAUGAAGGGAAGUGCAGACCCCUGGAAGUAACAAAGCUGGAAGGAGCAGAAAUUGGUGUCGACACAAGUCUGGGUAAACCAUUUGUUUUUAAAUGUAUACCUCAAGCUGGAAACAGGAUUUUCUACUUUUGUGCAACUUCCAAUCAAGAAAUGAAGAGGUGGCUGGAGGCUAUGGAUAAAGCAGUGCAUCCCAUCCAUCAGAACCAUGUGUGGGUAGAUGUCACACUGCAUAACACUACACUCCCACCAUUGGCUAUUAAGAAUCCCGAGUGCCUGGGGCUUCUCCACCAGCUGGACAGGAGCAAAGAUGUCUGGAUUCAGCACUACUGCAUUCUGAAGGAUGGUUGUUUGUACUUUUAUGCCACUCUCCGGUCUACACCUGCCCAAGGUGGCCUUUACCUGCAGGGCUAUAUUGUAAGUGAGCAGUCCCUGGGCUCCAAGAGAUCUGUCAUUGAACUCAAACCUCCAUCCGAAGAAUUUAAAACUUUUUACUUAUGUGCAGAGAAUGUAAAUGAAAACAAAAGGUGGAUUACAGCUUUGAAAGCUUCGAUUAAUAAAUGGUUACCCCUACACCAGGCAAUCCAAGAUUUCAUGAACAGACCACUGGAGGAGACAAGGAUGUGAGAAGAAAGCUCAGGUUUUCUCCUGUUUCUGUUCUGCAUUUAAAAUUCCAUACUAUAUCUUCUGAGUCAUCUCAAGAGAUAUUCUAGCAGCAGCAAAUCUUUAGCAUUGCUACACAUUCAGAA